GUUACGCCACGCGUCUAAUGACUUUCCGUUUGUGUGCAGACGCCGCAGUAUGCAUUGCUUAAAAUUGCCCACUGCGACGGGCCUAUAGCCGCUGAUGCGGAGGGCAUCGACCGCGGCUGCCGAGCCUGCGUACGGUAAGGCGUCGCAACCUUGACGGUGCAUCGUAUAUAUGUACGCGUCGCUGGCCUUCGGCGUAUGCCCUGUAUUGAAAAACAGUGCGUGUUGCUCGCCGCGCGCUCCGGUCGCCUUCCACGAGCUUUUGACGGCGCAUUGGUUCUCGGUAGCCUCGUUAAAAAAAAAACCACUUUCCCUGUGGCGCGCUGCCAACCUGCGUCGGUUGUGCGGUUGUGGCUUUGCAGUUGAGCUUUUGCGGAGCAAAGUUGUGAUGGAGCCCGGCUUCGGAGGGUACCCACCGUGGCAAACGGGAGACGUUAUCCUCGAUAGCGUCGCCGAAGAGUCCCUCGCCGAGCUGAGAAGACUAUUGGAAGGUGAACCGGUGGUCAAUGCUCCCACUAACUCGACCGAUUUGCUGCGCUUCCUGCGGUUUUGCAAAUACGACGCCCGUGAGGCGCUGGUCGUUGUCAAGAGAUACUGCGCACUCAGGACCUCCGCACCGAAGCUCUUCGAAGGACUCAAGGAACCUGAAAAGCUACGAGAAGUAGCCCAAGAUAUCUUCACGAUACUGCCGCAAAGGAACAUGCAUGGCAAGCCAAUUAUGUUCAGCAGAUUUGGAAAAUGGAACCCGCCUGAGAUGAGCUGCCUGCAACUAAACCAAGCGAUGAUAUUCUGCCUCGAGCACUUGUCAAUGUGCCCCGAAGCUCAGACACUGGGAGUUUCCAUGGUGCACGACUUCGAAGGCUAUUCCUUAGUGAGCCUGCGGCAUGUCGAGCUCGGCCUCACCAAAAGUCUGCUACAUUACAUGCAGAAAUGUGUGCCGAUUCUAAUAAACGAAACUCACGUCGUCAGAGAGCCCGCAGCCUUUGAUGCAGCGUUCAAGCUAGUGAGACCAUUCCUGGAGGAGGAAAAGGUCAAAACGGCCCGCUUCCACGGGAAGCACUUGGACCGGCUUCAGAACGAUAUUCCUGCGAGCGCUCUUCCCAAGGAGUUUGGAGGCACGGCGCCCGACACCGACUGGAACGCGUUCUGGAAGAACGUAUGUCUGGAUAGCAAAGCGGACAGACUUUAGCUGAAACAAUUUCAGAGCAGAUACUUGAGCAACCAAGGAAGCCUUCGCGCGAAUGCGCGCGAAAUCUUCGUACUUCGUUCAUACAAGGCACGGUUCCUGUAUAGGCAUGGUCGACCUGCUUUGUAGUUUUGAACUGUUCCGGCGCCUGUUCAUGCUGGCUGAAAUAAACUGAUUUCCAUUGUUUUAUAUUAUGUUCAUCCAUUGCUGGCCAUGCGGUGGCUCCCGCGCACGCGCCUAUGUGUCGGACAACAUUUGCAGCCAUGCUGCAUGAGUUAGGGCCUUGAUCUAAUGCCCGGGUGGGCGUAUCCAGAGUUCCUUCGGCUUGCUACACUGCAAGGCAUAUUACAUCAUCAAAAAAAAAAAAAAAAAAGUGAAGACGCGUGCGGCGCACGCAAAUGUGUAGAUUCCUCGUCAAUUUCUCACAUUGGAUAUAUAUAAAUAUAUAUAAAGAUUUCCUCAGAAAGGAAACUGAUGCACUACAAAAAUAUGAUUAUGCGUACUCAAGGACGAAAACUGGGUCGUCAUUUCUAAGAAUAGUGGUCUAUUUGGCGGUUAUAUAGGGCAGUGCUGCUAGUCAGCAACGAUCCAUCUUGGAGGUUUGACGGCAACAGGAAUGCGCAGUACACACGUAUACCGAGGUCUAUCUAAAUAGGUGGCGCAGCUUGGAACGAGAAGCGUGCCAAAACAUAUCGCCAAGGAUACCAGUUAGUGGCGCACGAUUGAAGCGCUUCUUGGUGACAGGGAGACAAACACUGAAACUAGAAAACCUACAUGAAAAAUAUGUUCGAAAAUUUUCAAACAAAACACUGUCACACGAGUAAAUAUUCCGUUUCAAAUAAUUUUGUUGUACUAAAACAACAAAUGUAUUCGCCGCGGUUGCUCAUUGGCUAUGGUGUUGGGCUCCUGAGCACGAGGUCGCGGGAUCGAAUCCCGGUCACGGUGGCCGCAUUUCGAUGUGGGCGAAAUGCGAAAACACCCGUGUACUUAAAUUUAGGUGCCCGUUAAAGAAAUCAAAAUUUCCGGCGUUCUCCACUACGGCGUGCCUCAAGAUCAGAAAGUGGUUAUGACACGUAAAACCCCAUAAUCUUUAAAACAACAACCGUUUUUUUUUUCGAUUUCACAAUUUGUUAGGUCGUUCUUGCUGACACCUACCAACUCGUGAUUCUGGCGCAAGAUUUGGAGAGACUGUGCAAUCCAGCUAUUAUGUCGUGCGGAAUGGCGUUGCUCACUUGAACGUGGUGGUUUCAUCCGAGUCUUCUUUUAUUUCCUUGCAUGUUUGUUUAAACUGUGGCGUGCGCUUCGCUUCAAAUUUUGCGUGACCUAGCACGUGGCAUUUAUUCGCAAAAGGUGUGAGUGGCGGCUUUUUGUUAUCGUACAAGUUCAUGUUGCGGCAUUCGACGCGCUGUGUCUGGUCGUGACGAUAAAUGCGGAACGCUCCGCGAAUGAACGUCGCGUUAUGUUUGUGCACCCUCUGUAACACAGGCUCUGAGUGUCCGACGAGCAGCAAAAUUAGUAAGUCGAAUGUUUUCUAAAUUACGAUGUGGGUAAAUGUUGGCCUGUCUCAUAACUGUUGGAUGUGAAUACAUGGUGUCGCGCGAAAUUGCGAAUGAUCCCGUGAAAAAGGUAUCGCAUAUGUUGCUCUACACUGCGACUGUGUGCAGACCAUAGUACUUUUCAUCGAUUGAAGCAUAUUUUGUUCCGUCAGUUAUAUUGGCUGCAUUAUUAUAGACGAAUAAAAGUAAAGUUGCUUUUGAAA